AAGGUAGUGUAAACAUGGGUUUGCAGCUGUACAAGACAACAUAUAAAAGACCAUUCUGAGUGAACAACAGUCCAAGACACCUGCUACCGCUCCAAUUUCUUCAGACAUGUUAAAACCUGCCCCAUGUGGUUCUGGGAUGAUCUGUGUAUGAAAAGAAUUGGAACCACUGCCUUACCCUUGCAUGAUUGUAAGAGGCGACUAAUAGGGUCUUUACACUUGGUUUUGCAGUAACUUUGGAUUCCAGCAGGUCCUAGCUGACAUCCUAUUGAAGACCGUUCUGAGUGAACAACAUUCCAGGACAUCCUGCUAGUACUCCUCUAUUUUCUGCUCAGUUUCAUCAGACAUGAUAAAAGCCAUGGUAUUUUGUAAGACUGGCACAGUAACUCAUGGAGUACCGAGUCACGAUGUUUGUGGAGGACAAAGUGUGCUCCUUUGUUCAACUCCUUGUAGCUGGAACUGCAGAGGCAAGCUUGUUAAAUUGCAAAAGAUCGCAUAUGGAGAGAAAAUUUUGUCUUUUGCCAUCACUUGGAUCGAUUCAAAAGCAGUUCGGCAUUUACUUGAUAUCCUAGCACCAGACUAGUUACUCAGUUAACAAUCAAAUAUGAAAUUGACAGUAUGUUGUGUGAUUAUAUGUUUAGCAUAUGUUUUAACAUGCUUUGCAAGUCCGGCAAAAGCUCCUAAAGGAAAGGCAAAAGCUUCUGAAGUUAAAGAACAUCCGGCAAAAGCUUCGAAAGGAAAGGCAAAAGCUUCUGAAGUUAAAGCAUAUCCGGCAAAAGCUUUGAAAGGAAAGGCAAAAGCUUCUGAAGUAAAGGCAAGUCCGGCAAAAUCUUCAAAAGUCAAGGCAAGCCCCGCAAAAUCUUCAAAAGGAAAACAUCUUGGAAAAUGUACAACAGACGCACAGUGCCCACCAGGUUUUGUUUGUUCAGAAGUUAGGACCAGUAAAAGCAAGAAAGGUAGCAGUGGAAAGAAAUGCUAUCCCUCUACUAACAUCUGUGACCCAUCCCCAUGUUUGAACAAUGGCACAUGUGUUGAUAAUGGGAAUGGUACUUUUACAUGCAUAUGUGAAGCGAGUUAUACGGGUACAAAUUGUUCAGUUUUAGCUCCUGGCAUCUGUGACUCUUCCCCAUGCUUGAACAAUGGCACAUGUGUAGAUAAUGAGAAUGGUACUUUUACAUGCAUAUGUGAAGCGAGUUAUACGGGUACAAAUUGUUCAGUUUUAGCUCCUGGCAUCUGUGACUCUUCCCCAUGCUUGAACAAUGGCACAUGUGUAGAUAAUAAGAAUGGUACUUUUACAUGCAUAUGUGAAGCGAGUUAUACGGGUACAAAUUGUUCAGUUUUAGCUCCUGGCAUCUGUGACUCUUCCCCAUGCUUGAACAAUGGCACAUGUGUAGAUAAUGAAGAAUGGUACUUUUAUAUGCAUAUGUGAAGCGAG